CGGGUUCGGGAUCCGCGGCUCAGCCUUGGCCUGGGCCUGGCCUGGGCGGGGGCGGGAGCGGGGGCCCGGUGGUGGGAGGAAGCCGGAAGCAGCCGCGGCCCUAGUUCUGGAGACAUGGCGGGCGUUAAAGCUCUUGUGGCAUUAUCCUUCACUGGGGCUAUUGGGCUGACUUUUCUUAUGCUGGGAUGUGCCUUGGAGGAUUAUGGUGUAUACUGGCCCUUGUUCGUCCUGAUUUUCCACGCCAUCUCCCCUAUUCCCCAUUUCAUCGCCAAAAGAGUCACAUAUGACUCUGACGCAACCAGUAGUGCCUGUCGGGAACUGGCGUAUUUCUUCACUACUGGGAUUGUUGUUUCUGCCUUUGGAUUUCCUGUUAUUCUUGCACGUGUGGCUGUGAUCAAAUGGGGAGCUUGUGGCCUUGUGCUGGCAGGCAAUGCUGUCAUUUUUCUUACAAUUCAAGGUUUUUUCCUGGUAUUUGGAAGAGGAGAUGAUUUUAGCUGGGAGCAAUGGUAGCACUUUAUUUUGAUAGAGAACAUUGUAUUCCUUAAGAUUUGUACUGUAUGUAUAUGUGUGUGCAUGUGGUGUUUUACUAUGGGAUUUAAUAUGCUGGUUUUUUUAUACCUUUAUAUCAUGAUCACUUUAAGGAAGACUUCCUAAGUAAAAGAUGAGUUUAAUUCCUAGAUAAUGGACCUCAGCUUUUACUGAAGUUGAAAUAUGUUAUUUGUUUGGCUGUUCACAUAGUUAUGUUCUCAGAAAACAUAUUAACACAGUCUUUUAGACAGCUGCUCAUUUAUACAGGCCAUCUAAACCUUUUGUGUGGAGGUGUGCUUAGAUAGGUGAAGACACUGAAGCAGGUCUUUUAUAGCUCAGAAACACUUGGCUCCCACUGUGUUGUAGACCCUUGCUUCUUAGAAUGUGGUCCAUAGACCAAGAACACCAGCAUCUCCUAGCUUAUUGGAAAUAUAAAAUCUGAAGCUCUCCUGCCCACCACCCAGACCCAGUGCAUUUUGAUGAGAUCCCAAGUGAAUCAUAUUCACAUUAGAGUUUGAGGAACUUUGUUAUAAACAUCACACCUAGCUUCCUUGUCUUCCCCUUGGAUCGAUCACUUACCCUCUCUGGGAGUCCUGCUCAUUUGUGGGAAAAAAAUUCCCUUAUGUUGAGGAGGAGUUCAGACUCUCUUUGGUGUUUGUGAACUGUUCCAAACUGUAAUAUAUGGGCAAUUUCCCAAAUUUGUGGAAAGUGUUUUCAGUGGGAAGCAAAGUCCUCACAUCAUCUGAAAGGCAGUGCCUUUUUCACAGUGCUAGGGCACAAAAUAACCCAAGCCCCAUUGGUAUGCAGGAGAGGAAGGCUGGGCUGGAACCAGCCCCUGCUUUAGUUAUGAGGAGAGAAGAAUAGAUAGGCAUCGCUUUUAAGUUUCCCUUAUUAGUCUUGCACUUCUUCCCAGCCCCUUCCUAAUGCUACCUUAUCCCAACUCCUCAGCAGUUCUGAUUUGCCAUUUCUUCUUGAUGGCUCUGCCCUUCUCCUUUCUAAAGAAAUAUUGGAGCCAAGUGAGCAAGCCAAAAGCAAACUGCUGGAGUUUAUUUACAUGUUGAUGUACUUAAUGGUACUUCAUUCAAAACUUUACUCCACCUUUAAAUAAAUCAUUGGAAAUAAAUGUCAUAUUGUAUCUUAUGAUCAUAGUUUUUCUAACUCAUCUUUUUGUCCAAGACCCAUUGAGAAAAGAAAAUAUAAGAAAUAGAACCAUUUGAUAAGAAGAAAGCCAGUGGUUUUUAAACAUUAAUGUGGUUGUUGAUAUAUGUACAAAGCACUUCCAUCUUGAGGUUUGUGAUGUUAGUAACCAGCACACCCUUUGUGUGUUGGUGUGAUAUUGGAACCAGAAGAGAAAAGUGAUAUCUAAAAGAAUAAUGUGCAAUGUUGGUUUUUGGCCUUGUAUGUGAUUUUAUGUUUUUUAAUAUUCUGUGUACAUAUAGAAUUGUUGAAGUUAUUUGCAAUAUUUACAUUGGGAAAAUUACUUAGAUACUUUGUAAUUUUAACUGGCAUUUUUAAUCAUGACACUUGCACUUAUUGUAUUAUAAUAAAUUUCACUUUUAACACAAGAAAAGUUUAAUGUUAAAACUUUAUUCUGAUGUUGUCUUGCUUAAAAGAUAACAAAAAGUGAGAAUUUCUUAAUGCUUUGAAAUUAAGUUUCAAGCAAUAAUCUGUCCUGCCUUAGAAUAAUAGCAAUCUCUUUUGAGAUACCAUUUUGAAUGUCUAGUUGGCUUGUAAUAGUUUUUCUUUCCCUCAGAUGGCAAUAGUGACCAAUUUAUAGUACCUUUUGCAAAAGUAUUCUUGUUGCUUAUACAUAUUUCAUAUAACCAAGAUAGCCUUAAUAUGUAGGCUUAAAGCAUUACUUCUUGAUUGUAUUUCUAGAAUGAUACAAACUAUUUGCAAAAAGAGCAUUUGAAGUGAUAGAUUAUUAGAUUUGCUGUGUGUCUCAAUAGAGAAGUAUCAGUGCCCAACUAUCAUUUAAAUAAUAUAUGUCAGUUGGAAGUAUACCGUCUAUGAAUGUAUAAUACAAAAGUCUUGUCCUCAUGACACAAAUUUUGGAUAUGUUUUUUUCCUUAUAAAAUGUUCCAUUUUUCUAUAUAUUGUAGAAUAUAUUUGGAAAUUCAGAGCAUAUGGAUUAUAUUCAAAUUGAGAAUGCAUUUUAAAAAUUGCCAACAAGUUAGUACUCUUAUGCAGCAACUGCCUAGUUCCAAUUACAGUCCAAACAACUGUCUUAGAGGUAGGCUUUGUGUGUGUGUGUGUGUGUGUGUGUGUGUGUGGAGGGUGUACUCGGAAUUUAACCUGGGGCACUUUUCCUGGUUUUGAUCUUGUGAUCCUCCUGCCUCAGCCUCCUGAGUUGCUGGGAUUACAGUGUGUGCCAUGGCACCUGGCUUACAGGUAGACUGAAAUACUUUCCCACAGCAGUGUUACUAUGAAUUAGUGAAUGAGUUCCGAGGCCAAACUUCUUAAGUCAGGCUAAAACCUUAAUAUAGCUGACCUGUGAUACUGAAGCCACUUGUCUGGUUUUUGGAUCUUAGAAAUAGGGUAGUGUGAACUGUUUGGGAAAAGAAUAGUGGAAGUUUCCCUCCCUUUUCUUAAGUACAAGGUCUUUCUGAUAUUACUUUUUGCACUGCCUCCUACCUCCUUUUCUCCUUAUGGUCCAGGUAUACUUCUGUGAGUUUUGCUCACCUGUUCUCCCAACCAUCAACCUUCCUCCUAGCCUGCUGCACCCCACUCUCCAGGUUCUUCCUAUUUCAACUUCAGUCACCUUCCCCCUCUUUUUUUUUCUUGCCAUCUGUUGUUUGAUGUUUUUUAAUUUUUUUAUUUGUUUUAAUUAGUUAUACAUGACAGUAGAAUGCACUUAUAUACUUUCAUAUAUCAUACAUAGAUGGGAUAUAAUUUCUCAUUUUUCUGAUUAUACAUAUUAUAGAAUCACAUUGGACCUACAGUCACAUACAUACAUAAAGUAAUAAUGUCUGUUUCAUUCUGCUCUUUCUUAUCCCCAGAUCCCCUGCCUUCCCCUCCUAUCACUUUUCUCUACCUAAUCUAAGGUAACACUGUUCUUUUUUUUUUGCAUUACAAUUCUUAACACAUAUAUACCACAAUUUUUGUAUCUGUAUAUAAAGUAUGUCAACACCCAAUUCAAGUCUUCAUACAUGUACUUUGUAUAAUGAUGUCCAUCACAUUCCACCAUCCUUGCUAAUCCCCUGCCCCCUCCCUUUCCCUCCCAUCCCCAUGUAGAAUUCAUCUAUUCCUCCCAUGCUCUCCCUCACCUUCCUCAUCUUGUUAAUCAGUUUUCUAAGUAUGGCAAAUAUCAUGUUCUGCACUGAAAAAAUGAAUGACAUAUGAUUUUCCUCUGCACAUCUGAAACUCUGGAUACCUGCAAUAACCCUAGUGUUGCAGCUGGAUUUUUUAUAAGAGAAUGCCUCCUAACCCACCAACACUCAUUCACAAAGAAUGGCUACAUUUCCAAGUAAAAUGAAAAAUAUUCCAGCAAAUUAGAGAAGGAUAGCAGUACUUUGGGACAGGGGCAACUCUGUCAUAGUUCAUCCCCCUUUGGGGCACAUUCUCAGCUGGUGCUGUUUUCCAUAGUUGUUUCUUUUGCUUUGCUAAGGGGCUGUUUUAGUCAGCUUUUUCAUUGCUGUGACCAAAAAACCUGACAAGAACAAUUAGAAGAGUAAAAGUUUAUUUAGGGUUACAGUUUCAGAGGUCUCAGUCCAUAGAAGGCUGGCUCUAUUCCUCCAGGCUCCGGAUGAGACUGAACAUCAUGGGAAGAGUGGGAGAAGAAAGCAGCUCAUAUGAUGAUCAGGAAGCAGAGAGAGAGACUCCACUCACCAGGUGCAAAACAUAAAUCCCAAAGACAUGCCCCCAAUGACCCACCUCCUCCAGCCACACCCCACCUGCCAUUAGUUACCAUUCAAUUAAUACCAUUGUGGAUUAAUUCACUGAUUGGGUUAAGGUUCUUAUAACCCAAUCAUUUCUCCUUGCAUAUUCUUGCAUUGUCUCACACAUGAGCUUUUGGGGAACACCUUAUAUCCAAACCAUAAUAGGAACCCACUUAUUUUUCUAACGUUUUCUGAAGUUCUUUACCUAUGAGGUAACUUUUUGGUGAAGACUUUUCUAGACACUGAUAUGCUUCCUUAUGUUAAUAACAUUCCUGUGCUCUCAGGCAAAUGCUCAGAUGAUGUCACAAAAACAUGCUCUUUUAAAGUCUGCAAAAUUCAAAUUUUGUAUGCUAAUAGAACCAAAGUAUUAUGAAUGCUUUAGCAUUUUCCAAGCAUAGUAAUUAGCUCAUAACUGGGAAGCAUUUCUGCAGAUGAAUGCAAGCUGUGCAUUUUAAUUCUUUUUUGUUUUGUUUUGCCUCAUAAAGUUCUUAUUUGCAAGAAAUCUCAGUGUGUAAAUAGCUCCUGAUUUAUAACCUUUCAAAUAGCCAUCCCAAUGGGGUGGAACAGUUAUACAUAACCACAUACUUAUGAAAGAUCCCUGAGACUGCUUUAGGAUGCAUUAACAUGUGUGAUGAGAAUGAUUAUUUUUAUAAUAAAACUUGUCAUUUAUUCUUCAACAAAGGCAUUUAUAUAAAUUAUUAAAUGGAAGAGUUUAUAUCUUACUUUGAGAUGCAUUAUAUUUGGGAAGGAGACCAGUAGAUUUAUUUUCCCAGUACUUUUGUCUGGAUAACCAUUAUGCGAAUUUGACUGGUUUUGAUCCCCUACGUUGUUGAGGAAAAGUGGUUCAGGAAUGUCAUGCUGACUGGAAGGAAUGUACGCUCUAAUUACAAUUUUACUGUGGCUGUCACUCCCCAGGGUAGAGGUAGGAGUUUGGGGGCAACAGUUCAUUAAGACUGUGCUGUGUUGGAAAUGCAACAAAAUUUAACACUUAAGAAAGAAGAAGUAAUGUACAUACUCUGAAGAGUUCUUUGGGGCACUACAGAAAAGAAUGCAUUAGUAUAAAAUACUACUUAAUGAAUAAUGUGUCCCCCUUAUGCAUUUAGGGAAGAUUUGAUCCAAUGUUUUGCAAGUUGACUUAAGCAACUAGGUUAUAAACAAAUUGCAUUAGAGAAAAAAAAUUUAAUUAGUUAUUUCUUUGUGUUGCUCAGCUAAGUGUACAGUUAAAUUACUAGAUACAGAAAUUUGAUAGCAGCGUAACUAUAAAAUAUCCAUAAGAAAAAAUGGUUCCCAGGGAAAAUCGAUGUAACCAUUUUAAAACAAUCCAUCUUCAGUACUAGGUAUAGGCCAAGUGGUCCUAAUGUCAAGAUUGCUCACUUGAAGAACAGCACACGUGGAGACUUCACACAUUAUCUCUCAAUGCUAAUUAUAUCUUUAUCAAAAUAAGAUAUGCCUAUUUCACAUACUUUCACAAAUUAUUAGAUAUUAAAUUAAGCUGGUACAUUCAUUGUUUUCUUCUCAGAGUAAUAAAAAAUUAGUUCAACUGGAGCUGGAUAAUCAUUUUAAUAAUUUAAGGAAUAAGUGUACCUGUGCUGCUGUCUCAAUACUUUCAUUUCCUCUGUAGUUGAGAAAAUUUGUGUCAUCAUAUUCUGUAAAGUUUCAUGAUUCUUAGAGCCUUCCUCCCCAAACUGUAUGCUCAUUCCCCUGACAAAUCCAGAAUUCUUUAGCACUUUCAACAUCAACACUGUAGCCAUACCAUUUGUGGUUCUGUGACAAUGCUUUUGCUAAAAUCUAUUUACCACUGAUGGAAAUGAGUUUUAAACACAGGCUUUAAUAUGAUGCUUGAUUUACUUAAGAUACCACAUUAGUAUUUGUGGUGAGCCUCACAGUGGUACCUACGGUAGCAUACCACACCUGGAGUCCCAGUGGUUUUGGUUGUAGGCACCUCUGUAACCUCCUUACUGUGCUGAGCAUGUGUUUGCUGUUAGGGACAUUUUCUGUCACCCUGAGACAAUCUAGCCAGACACUCUGAAAAAGAGAUUCCCCACCUAACACUGGUACCAACAUUUGUUUUUCCUAUAGCUUAUCAAUAAAGGGGAAGUUGAAGGUUAUGGGGCAAACAUACUCAGCUAGUUUGAAGAUGGGACUUUUUUCACCCAAGACACAUAAAUAAGAGAUGAGUUCAAGGUGUUAAAUAAAACAUUUAUGAGGUCCAAUUAAUGGCAUAAAUAGGUACUGUUGUAGGGACAAACGAGGCAAGGCACCAAAGAUAGCAGGAAACAGUUUUAUUUGGCUGCAGCCAGGUUCAGAGGGCACAGCUUUUGUGGUAAUCAAUUAAUUCUCUGAACCCGAGUUCAGGUAGUUUCAGAGUUUUAUACCCAGCAUCUAAGGGGAGGGGCUCAGAAGUUCACAGUCUGCAAAAGUUCACAUAAAAGCAGCUUUUUCUUUCACUGUUCUGGGCAAGUUAACCCUUCAAGGACAACCCCUGAGAAGGGGAGAGUUUCUUCUCCCCUUUCUUUCCUCCCCCUGCCAGCUGUUACCAUGGAGCCCAUUUGUAACUUAUCUUAAAAAUGUAGUCAUCUCUGUGAAGCCCCAGCUCAAGGCCAGAGGCCUUGUUUGCACAUUUCUUCAAAGUACUAUACUGGAUAUGUUUGUGAAAAACUAGUAAUGGGGUAUCCAGCACCUGGAGUGCUGGUAUCUUCUCGGCCAGUGGCCAAGUAAACAGGGCGACACAAAAAUAGGAAGUUUACCUACAUUGAACUCUUUGGCAGAGACGCUUUUGCUGACAGUCCUAAAAUCAGUCUGGGUGAAGAUUUCUGGAGAGGCCCAGUUAAGACUUUUCAGUGGAGAAAGGGGGUGCCACUUCAGUACAGCCUUAAUACAUUUUUGACAAAUUUAAUUUGAAAUAUAAUAGGAAAUUAUAUAAAUAUCAUACAUUAACAAGUAAACUUUAUUUGUUUAGCAAAAACCUUUCCUACCCUGUAAACUCAAUGACAGUGAUUUCAUGCUCUUUCAUGACUUUAAAUAUCUUUUAUAUGCCACCUGCUCACACAUUCAAAUUUGUAACCCAGGCUUCCUAAACUCCAAUAUUUUAUAUCCAGCUUCCACUUUAAUGCCUACUUUGCUAUUCAGACUUAAUAUGUACAAAGUCAAGCUAUUGAUUCUCCAUAUCAGUGUCUCAGACCAAAAGACUGUUUCAGAACUUUUCAUUUUUACCAUCCUACACGAAAUCCAUCAGGAAAUCUUGUUGCUUGUAGCUUCAAAAUGUAUCCACAAUCCGAAUACUUAACCCUUCACUAAUACCACUGUGGUUCAAAACAAUAGUGUGUCUAAAUUAUUGCUUUCUAACUGGAUUGUAAUUUUGAGGCCAAUCUCAGUAAUUUGGCAAGGCUCUAAGCAAUUAAGGGAGACCUUGUCUCAAAAUAAAAUAUAAAAAGGACUGGGGAUGUGUCUCAGUAGUUAAGCGCCCCUGGGUUCAAUCCCUGGUACCAAACAAACCUACCCCCUGCCCAAUAACAGCAAACUGCUGCUGAACUGUACAUUAUAUAUAUAUGUGUGUGUGUGUGUGUGUGUGUGUGUAUAUAUAUAUAUAUACACACACACACACACACAUAUAUAUGUACAUAUAUAAUUAAUAUAUAUAAAUAUAUAUUUAUUUAGUUGUAGGUGAACAUUAUAUUUUUAUUUAUUUAUUUUUAUGUGGUGCUGAGGAUUGAACCCAGGGCCUCACACAUGCAAGGCAAGUGCUCUACCACUGAACUACAACCCCAGCUCUGAACUGUACAUCUUUAAAGGGAAUUAUGUAGUAUGUGAAUUUAAUUUCAAUAACAACUACAACAUAAUUUAAAAAAACCCUAACAAAAGUAGAAAAAUGCAGAUGUCCACUAAUUGAUAAAAUGUGGUAAAAGCUUAAUUUGAGUAAUGAAAAUUUUCUAAAUUGGUGGAGGUGAUGUUUGCACAACUCUAUGGAUAUACUAAAAUAAUUGAAUUGUUCAUUGCAAAUAGGUGAAUUUUAUGGUGUGUGAAUUGUAUCUCAAUAAAUUUGCAAAUCAUAAUAAAUGAACUCUGAACUAC